CAGCUUGUCUACCGGACCAGCACAAGUCUUGCAACUCUCGGAGCAGUUUCUUGUGGACCCCAACAAGCCGACGCUCCUGCAGGGCAAAUAAACUCUUUAGUGGGCGAAGUGGACGUCAGUAGCAGUGAUACCAGUGACUGUGAUUAAGUGGUUAUACUGAAUGUGACGUCAUCUUGUGAGUUUAAAAGUGAUCUCACAAUCCAUCUACACACGGAACGCACAAGAAACCGAGCAAUGAUCUGCUCUCUCCGGUUUGUGGUUAACUGAAGAGACGCAAUGAAGGGACAGAAGCUGCUUCUGGCGGUAUCCAUCUUGCUGCACCUCGUCUGUCUGCUAGGGAUUCCACCUGUUAGCGUCGCGGCGCCCAGCCCGCAGGAAUCUCCGUUUGAACUCCCAGUGCAACUUAUCGGAUUUCCUAUCAUAAUCGUAGCAGUGAGGCUGUCCAAUUUCGUGAAGAAACUUGCAUAUUCACUGAACCCACGAACUUACACCAGUAGGACAAGGCGCAGUGCACCUCUGGCGGAGCCGCCACUGAACAUAGCUGCAGUGGAGAAGCGGCUCAUAGCAGAGCUGGGAGAACACGUGUGCGUGUUCGAGAACGUGUGCGAAGAGUAUGCGGAACACGCCAGAACACUAGGAGGCUCGAACCAUGUCCUGGAUUGGGAACAAUUGUUCAAAGGGUACGAUGCCUCGGAUGCCGAUGACAAGCGAAACUACUUGCUGAGUGUAUUUCUGGGAGACAUUGUUGCCUCUCCGGGACUCUGCCAUCAACUGGCGAAGAGAGGACGUGGCUGUACGGGGAUUCCUCCCGCCAAAGGGAUCAGAUCACGUGGCUCUAUGAAACUGAGACGAACACAAAACUGAAAACACACCGGAGACAAUCCGUAGGAAACGAAUCGUUAAACGUUGUUAAAGUACUUUAAAUGGGGGGGAUUGUAAAUAUUUCGAAGUAGAUGGGAAAAUAAUCUACCUGAGACAGAGACGAGCAGUGAAGGAGAGCUGGGCGUUAGGAUUUUGAACUUUUUGUGUCUUUUUAUGUUACAUAGUACGUAUUAAUCAUAGCCGGUCACGGUAGCCGAGCGGUCUAAGGCAUGUACUGUCUUCG